CUUCCUAAUAUAUGAGGAGCUCUGCUUGUAAUGCUCUUAAGGCUCGGACAAACGAAUGCGUGGAGUGAUAAAUCCCCGUGCUCCAAACACUUUGAUAAAGAGGCGCUUUCUUGCAGGCACUUUCUUGCAGCACACUUGUCCAGCCCAGCGUUCAUCCUGUACUGACAGCUGCUUGGCAACAGAUGGAUGGAGAGGGGCAAGUUUUGUUUUCUGGGGACUGUAAAGUUAAUAGGAGGAAAUAUGGUCUUGUGGUUAAAGCACAAGACUGGGAAUCAAGUGAUCAGUGUGCUCUUAAUGGAGUUUCUGGUAGGAGUUUGAGCAAAUCCAGUGAGCCUCAGGAAAAUGAGAAGAACGGAUUUCCCGGAGGCUCAGUGAUAGUUGUUGAAUCUCUUGGUGGAAUCUGUGGGUUUAUGGAUGGUAUUCAGUGAAUGAUGGGAGCGCUCCGCUAUAACAAAACACUUGAGGAAUAACUGUCAGGAUGUGCAUUAUGCUGUAAGUUUUGUGUUGGGAAAUUAGAUUGUCAGCGUGUGAUGGCUUUAGAUGAAAUCUCUUGCUGGUUUUUCUUCCUUUGUUAAUUUCAGGUAAUUUAUCUGCCGCAUGUGGCUUUAAAAUUGUGAGGAAUGAAACUGUGUUGUGCGCUGCAGGUCUCGAUUAUGGGAGUUCUGCAGGGCGUCCUUCCAACACUGUGAGGAAUUAGAGAAUCUGAUUGAAGAGGAAGGAUAGAAUGAUACAGACGUUUCACAGUCACGUGCCCAUGCUUUUCAAAAGCUGUAAUACUUUAUGAAGUUGGCAGCUCUUGGUACUGGAAGUUAAUAGAAGAGGCAAAUAACUUAAUUGAAGAUGUUUCAUAAUUAGUGUGUGUUGUAACUUUUGAGUGCUCUGUCUGUGUAGGGUGUUUCUGAAUUUAAUGUCUUAAUCCCUACUGUUUGAUAGUGGUUUACUCUUACAUCUGAUAUUUAAAUUUUGUUCCCUUGGCCUUGAAAUUGCUGGUAAGUGCUUAAUGGCACUUAUUUUUGAAAAUAAAAUCACAGCAAACCUUGUUCUUGCUGGGGUUCGUGUCCUCAAACCUUUAUUUUCCUUUAAAAUAUGGAGAAAAUACACUUGAGGGAGGAAUGUUCUUGUUUUGCUCUUUUUCUCCAAGAGGGAAUUUCCUAAUGGAAGCCCAGGAAGUGCACAAGAUGGGCAGUUGUGGUAGGGGGGAGAAGUAGAAAAAGAGGAUGAGUGGCUUCCUUUGCAUUUCUCUCUCUCUUGAUCACAAAAGGUCGCAGCAAAAGGGUGUGCAGCGAUUAUGCUGCAUGCAGCUGCACUGGGUGCUUUUUGUUGGAGAUUCAGAGUUUUAACCUGUGAUGAACCUGAAGGAAUUGUAGCUUUGGGCCCUAUGCUUCUUGGUUCUUGUGAGGAAGUCAAAUUCUUCAUCUUGCAGCUUGAGUAUGUAAUCUCUUUAGCAAAGUUUUCGGGAUGGUACAACAUUAUCUGAGCUGGAAGAAAUUCCAUCUCUCAAGAUAGCGUGCUAAUGCACUAUUAAGUGUAGUUUAUAUUUCUGUAGUUUGUCUAAUGGCCUUUGAAAAUUAUGCUGCGAUCUGUAAUGUUCCAGAGGACACUUAAUUUCAGUAGGAUGUUCUCUGUAUUCUGUUUAUGGCUCUCUAGAGAAAACUCUUAAAAAUCCUUUGUUGCCUUUGCCAAACUAUGUACCUGCAGCCAUACUGCUGUGGCAAUUCAGUACAAUUCUGUAUUCCUUCCUUUGCUGACAGUUAAAUGCUUCGUGUUGAUUCAAACCCACUUCUUUUAAUGUCCCUGCUGGCUUUGUUAAGAUUAGUUUGAAUGUGUUUUUUUUCUUGAAAGGUCUUGAGAUAAUUUUUUAUAGUGGCAGGUUUGUUCUGUCGAAGUAAGGAGAGCAGUUCAUGCUCAGAAUUAAAAGAUAUUUAUUCUCAUGUUAGCUGAAAACACUUGAGGUGUUUCAUGGCUAGCGUUGAUAAACAACUCAUUACAAACAAGUUGAACAGCAGUUCAGGACUUCUGCAGUUAUCGUUAGUCACAGUGCAAGUUCCUGUGCUGUUUUCUGGAAGCCUUUUCAGCGGUGCUUCUGUGACCACGUAGAAAAGUUUGGCUGGCACUUCAGUGUGCUUGACCAGUGUGGGUUGGCAAGGUGCAGGACGCCGUCUGCCAAGUCUGUAUCCCUGCUGACCUACCACCAAGGUUGCGCCUGCCAGGACUGUCAUCCUUGACAGAGGAUCUUUGUCAGAAUUGCUGCUACUGAUCCACCAACUAUGAGGUAGUGUCUCUGAAUUCUGGGUCAGUGGAUGUCACAAACUGACAAAUUUAGAAUACUUCGCCAUUCAUUCAUUCUGUGCAAGGGGGGAAAAAAAGCUGGCUGAAUUACUAUUGUCAGUGUUCCCUCCAAAUCCUGUAGCUUUUGUGAACUUGUCACAGUCUUAAUGCAAUUCAGUUGGAAUGGAAGUGUAUACACACACAUACACAACUUUAUUUUUUCCCCGUCUUUUAAAGCUUUAUGAAAGCCUGUAGUCCCUGCUUUCAGGUUAUACCCUUUGUUGGCAAUUCACACAUUUGGUGGCAGUGUUUAGGAUUUUACUCUUUAAUGAAGAUCUUUAUAUGAGCAGCUGAAUUUUUGUAAAGCUUUGUCCAGCAUGUUAAUUUUUUCAUGAAUUUUAGGGCGUUUGGAAAGUAUAUGUCCAAUUUUUCCCACUUUUUUUUUUCCCAGAUGGAAUAUUGAGUCCAUUUUAAACAUUGUUUCUUGGCUUUGUCUACCGAUAGAAGCAUAACUUUUUGUUUUCACAUGUAGUGAAAUUUAGUCAUGUCCUUGUAUGUGAAUUUAAUUGAGAAAGGGAUGCCAGCUUGUAGUUAUCUGCUGUGGUUACAGUAGAUCCUGAAUAACCUUAAAAAUAUGAGGCAGAGCGAGGGCUGACUUUCAGAUGUGCUUCCUAUGAUAGAUGAUGACGUUUUUCAGCAUAACAGUUCUGUUGGAAAAUGCCAGUUAGCUGAAACAGGAGCGUGAGAGAGCAAAUGUUUCUGGUGAAAUACUUAGAAGAGGGAUUUUUGGUUCACAGAUUGAAUUUGUAGCUUUUGAGAACUACAAAGUUGUGUAAGUAGAGCAGUUUCAGACUCCAGGCCCAUGUGAGCAUAGGAUUUUUCUGUUCUAAAUGAAUGUGUUAAGAAAUAGCUAAUAACUUUUUUCAGGCUUGGGAAGGCUGUUUUUUUUCCUCCCUCUGACUCCCCCACUAUGUAUCACUCUUAAACUAUUUUUGUUGUGGUGCAAAAUGAGUUUUCAACUUUCUAUUCUUCGGUCAUGUUUUCUCCUGUGGUUUCCUUGGCAUCAUUUGGAAAUUGAGGUGCCUUUGAAAUGCAGUGGGGUUCUCGUGAGCUCUUUGUGAUUGAACCUCUUUUGUAAUACAGAUCAUUAUCACUUGAUCUAUUUUUUUUUUUUCCAGUUAGUUAUAAGAGGACUCUUAAGAAAAACCAGAAUCAUCCCUAUUGUUAUCUGAGCUGUAUGGCUUUUAUGAUAUCAGUUCUGCCAUGUACAGUACAUUCAUUACUUGCAUCUUGGGCUUGGCCUUGCCAUUUUUGUCUCUUUAAAGAGUGCUAGUUAAAUACUUCUCAGCUGACAAGAAUUACAUGCUUUGGGUUUUUUUUUAAGCUGUGCUAGAUGAUGUACAGAUGUGGAAAUGAAAAGAACAAGUACUGUGUGAGAAAGCCAUGUCUGAAGUUGUUAAUGCUUUUUUUUGUUUGGGGAGCCAGUCACAGUUAAUAAAAUUUUUGAAGAUACCACACAAUUCUUUUCUGUUCUUGUUUACAUGUAUUAUUAGUUAGAAUAUAUUGCCUUACAAGGCACGUUUAAAGCAAAGAAGUCUUGUGCUAGUAUAAAAGCAGCAAUGUUUCAGUCAGCUGGAUGUCCCUUUAGGUAUACAAGUCCAGUUCUGAUGGAAAUACCACAAGUUCCUUAUUGGUAUCCUCCAUAAAAUCUCUUUUCUUCUUUUACUUACCCCAGGGGGAGGAGGGGAGAUGGAUUAAACAAAUCGUUGAUAAUAAGAUGUCACAGAGGGUAAUGAAAGGAAAAUAUUUUGUGUUCCAAAGCUGUGGUGAUGGUUGGAAAUUAUUGCCCAAGUUCUUAAGUGUGACCUGAGGAUUAAUUUUAACCUUAAUAUGCAGGGAAAAAAAAUGUGGAGCUAACAUUUAUUGUGUGCUUGUUCUCAAUAAAAGACUAACUUAAUGCCAUUGCGUUUAAAAGGCAAAAAAGGAUCCGACUGAAACCAGAUGGAAUGCACCAGGUUGGACUUCAGAGAGUUGUAAAAAUGUACUGAUGGCUGAGUGUAUUGUAAUAAGCUGUGAUACACUGUAAUUGAGUUUUUUGUGCUUUCUCUGUGAGCGUGUGGAGUGUUAGUAUGUGUAUGGAGUUAAAGUACUGAAGUAUAUCAAAUUUGAAGGGGUAAUUGGUUAAGCACAAAAACUCACUGCAAAACAGUUUGAGCUGGCAAGUCUGAAGCAAUUCUAAUAAACUACCAAUUGUGGGGCUGGUUAGAAGGACUGGUUUGUUUACAUUAUGAAAUUGAGUCUCCAAGCAGUUUCUAAUCAUGAGCAGUGAAGUUCAGGUUUCAGACUGAGUAUGAUGCUACAGGAAGCUUUCUUAAUUUGCAAGCAAGCAAAUUAGGCAGGAAAAGAAUAACAUUUGUGUAUUUGAAAUGCACGCUUAGUGUUGACAGUAGGAAAGGAGGAUAAUGUAGUAGUUAACCAAUUUAUGCUUCUUAUAGGGUGAUGAACUACGUGAUUAAUAGUACUUAAAAUUUAGAUCUUGCAGUAUUGGAGGCACAAUUGGAGGUAGUAGCGUAAGCAAUUGGAGGCAGCAGUCUAAGAGAUGCUCAGAAGAAUUACUAGUAUUUGUGAGUCGUGCUAUUAACUAGCUGUGUUUGUAGUUAGUUGGCUUGAUGAGGUAUUAAGAAAGGAUUCACACACCUAGUUCCCUUGCAUUUGCUCUGCUCUUUAGUAGGAAGUAUAAAUAACGUCUGCCCCAAAGUUUUGCUUGGAUGCAGCCCUUGUUUCCUUUUGUUUUCAUCCAUUAAAGCCACUGUGUGUCAUCUCAUGCAAUACGUUACUCUGCAACGUGGUUUUCAACGGAAAUUCUUUUGUACCUUGGUUAAAAUGUUACUCAGUAAAAGAAGGUAAUGUGUGCUCGGCCUUCUGCCUCUCAAGGAAAUUUAAGAAAGCUUUUCUACUUCCACCUAAGAAAGUUAUUGCCUGCUGAUUCCAGAGGUACAACAGUGUGAGAAAUUUAUGUGACCGUAUGAAUGGAAAUGUCAUUCUUUAAAGCAUAUUUUUCUGCUUUCAUAUCUUACUCUGUUGUGCUGCAAUCAUAGCUGAUAAUGCAUGUCUAAAACAGUGGGAGAAAUUGGUUGUAAAUGUAGAUGAUCUGGUGAAGCUGUUCCUUGUAAAUGUCAUGACUAUAUAGAAAUCUGUCAGUCAUUAGGUGCUGAGAUUACAUCAAGUGCAAGUAAAUGUUCUAAAUGUGUUUUUUGCACUUCAUGUAGAAAUUUUAAAACCCCUGAAGAGUUGAAGCUUCUACAUGAAAAUGUUUGAUUCCUGUGCAUAAGUGCCCAAACCCAUGCUUUGUGACCUUAAAUGGCUCCAAAGAAGGAAAGACUUUAAGACAACAAAUAAUUUAUGAAUCUUUUUAAUACUAUUCUGGUAUUAUUUAUUUAUUUUUUAAUAAAAAUUCAGUGUGUUUGUUCCAAAACAAACUUCUCAAAGGCCUGUGAUGAGAUGGAUUCGGUGUCGCUUCUGGAAGCCUGUCAGUAGUUUGCUGCUGGGUUUCUUUUUCCCCAAGCUGCUCUAGAGCAGGUAAAAAUGCACUUCAGCAGAGGAGUCUGGAAGGCAGUAUGGGUGGCCAGGGUGGAUUUGCUGCAGCCAUUCAUAUCAUUUACAGCUUCAGCACUAUCGUUUUUCAGUGUUUGUAUGUAGAAUCUUUUUUUUUUUUUUUGGUGAGGUUGAAAGAUUUGACCAAAUCCAUCACAGUGCUUCAGGAAUCCUUUGCUGCUGGGUUUUUGCUUUCCCUGAUAGGGGUUCUGACUAACGUAAAGUUUUGAGAACAGAUUUUUUUUUUCUUUAAUUAUUGUUUAUAGACACAAAGUCAUUUCUCAAAAUUCUCUUGACUUGCCCCACAAAUACCAGUUACUGUAGAGAAUUGCUUUAGUAGAGCUGUUCCAGCUUUCCUUGCUUCCAGUUAGCUUGUUUAUUCUAAGAGUAUAGUUGUGCGUAAAUGAUGUUGAAAUGAUAUACAACCAGUAAAAUUUCAUUCCUUGCUAUUGCAUGUGCUAUUACGUUUGAAAUACUAAAGGAAGGAAAAAUACACGUGAUCAUAGAACAUGGGGCAGUUGUAGUGGAAUAGAUUAGUUGCAAGAGGCAUUUAUUGAAAUCUCUUUGGAGCUUAACUUAACUGCAGGGUUUUCUAGUGCAUGUUCUGCCUCCGUGCUUACAAUUCUUUGAAAGCAUAGUUAGAAAACAGAAGUUUUUAAUUGUCAUCUUGUUGGCCUAAGAUUCUAGGUGGGUUCAUUUCCUUUGUAGGGGUGUGAGCAGCUGAAAUCUUACAGCUAUUGAAUAUACCCAAGGCUUGGAAGUAAGUUAAUUGUGACUAUAAACAGCUUUUACUUUUUAGAACACUAAACUUUUAUCCACAGUAGAAGAAUAAAUUUAGUCUGGUUUUGGCCAGGUUUAUCUCCCUUUAUGUAUUUCCUGUUACUCUCAAGGGUGAAAAGGUUCUCAUGUGCAACUGUCCUGGGGAGCUGAACCUACCUUGGAGAUUUGCCAUGUCCUUAUUUCUUCAGAAAGUCAGUGAAACAUAAUUGCUUUUUUCCUUUCAUUUUUGCAUUACCCUCUUCUAAGGGCCUGGUGAGACAUCAGACUUUUAAACUUCCCUUUGUUUUGAUUGUGUUUGUUGUUAUCGUCCAUUUAUUUCUGUAUUACUGAUAAGCUGAAAAAUCAAAAAAGUAAAGGGGGGGGGGAGGGUUGAGCUAUGAGUGCAAUAGGUGCAUCUUUUUUUCCUGUAAAAAGUUGGUUCUAAAAUUAUAAACCUGUACCCUUCAUUACAGCUGAGUGUCCUUAGGUCUGUUCCCCACUUCCCUCACAUUCUGCAGCAUAAAAUCUAGAAUGCUUCUACUUGGGACAGUAUAAAUGCUUUGUCUAGGGGUGUGUGCUGCAUCUUUUAUUGGAGCUGCUUACUAUGUCGUUUGGUGUGGGCUUGAGCUCUUGUCAUGUCAGUGCAAUGCCAAAGUACAGUAAGUGGCUGGAUUUAUAGAAAGCCAUUUUGUUCUUGUUAAUUUUGUAAAGGUACCCAUCCGCGUCUUUAAGUGUGUUUUUAAAUAUCUAAUUGCUUGGAAAAGCCUUGUCAGAAACUUAAUCAAAGGUGGGAAAAGAUACCCUUGAUUAACUGUAGGAAUCUAAGGGAGCCAGAGUAAAGGUCCAUAGAUCUUUGUUGUACCCCUUUUUCACUUAUGUGCACAUUUGGUGUUUCAGGGUACAUUAGGUGUUUUAAUUCACCGCACUUUAUCAAAAGUUGAGAGACAAUGUUGUUUAGCAGUCUCUGUAGCAAGAAAGGAAGCAUCUUUUGUUAUUGACAUCCUUUCUCUUAGCUCUGCUCUUGCUUUUUGCCAGCUGCUCAUUGUCUAUACUUGCUUAUUUAGUAUUCACAAGAGAUUUUACAAGUUCGUAUCAGUUCUUUGCCACAGGACAUCAUUUCCUCUUGUCAUCGUUACUCCUUGAUUUGGGAGGGGGGAUGGUGUGUGAAGGAUUUACAGGAGAGCUGAACUAAAUUGGAAGAGUUGAUUGUUAUUUUUGAUGUGAAGACUUCGUCACUGACGUCUAUAUGUUUAUUUGUCAGCGUCCAAGAAAUAAUACAGCUCAUCAGUGGCAAUAACUGCUUUUGGUAUACACUGACAUUUAUUUGAAAACAAGAACUAACAAAAAAAAACCAGGCAAAACCCAACAAAUCUUUUGAAGACGUGUGUCAAAUGACGUCAAUGGCCAGUUUGUUCUCCUUUACUAGCCCAGCUGUAAAGCGUCUGUUGGGCUGGAAACAAGGAGAUGAAGAGGAAAAAUGGGCAGAAAAAGCUGUCGAUGCUUUGGUUAAAAAGCUGAAAAAGAAAAAAGGUGCUAUGGAAGAACUGGAGAAAGCUUUGAGCAGUCCAGGACAGCCCAGCAAGUGUGUUACUAUCCCCCGUUCGUUAGAUGGACGACUUCAGGUUUCUCACAGAAAAGGCCUUCCCCAUGUAAUUUACUGUCGGGUCUGGCGUUGGCCUGAUCUACAAAGCCAUCAUGAGCUGAAGCCAUUGGAUAUUUGUGAAUUUCCUUUUGGAUCUAAACAGAAGGAAGUCUGCAUCAAUCCUUACCACUAUAAGAGGGUGGAGAGCCCAGUUCUACCUCCAGUGUUAGUGCCUAGACAUAGUGAAUUCAAUCCACAGCACAGUCUACUAGUUCAGUUCAGGAACCUAAGCCACAAUGAACCACAUAUGCCACAUAAUGCGACAUUUCCAGAUUCCUUCCAGCAACCCAACAGCACUCCAUUUUCCAUUUCGCCAAACAGUCCCUAUCCACCUUCUCCAGCCAGCAGCACUUACCCAAGCUCCCCAGCUAGCUCUGGACCAUCUAGUCCAUUUCAGCUACCUGCUGAUACUCCACCUCCUGCAUAUAUGCCCCCUGAUGAUCAAAUGGGGCAGGAUAACUCUCAGUCUAUGGACACAAGCAAUACAAUGAUCCCUCAAAUCAUGCCAAAUAUAUCUACCAGAGAUGUUCAGCCUGUUGCCUAUGAAGAACCCAAACACUGGUGUUCGAUUGUGUAUUACGAAUUAAAUAAUCGUGUUGGAGAGGCCUUUCAUGCAUCUUCCACAAGUGUCUUAGUAGAUGGGUUUACAGAUCCCUCCAAUAAUAAAAACAGGUUCUGCUUGGGUUUGCUCUCAAAUGUUAAUCGCAACUCAACAAUUGAGAACACUAGACGACAUAUUGGGAAAGGAGUUCAUCUCUACUAUGUUGGUGGGGAAGUCUAUGCUGAGUGUUUAAGUGACAGCAGCAUAUUUGUACAGAGCAGGAACUGCAACUACCACCAUGGCUUUCAUCCAACAACUGUAUGCAAGAUUCCUAGUGGAUGCAGCCUGAAAAUCUUUAACAAUCAGGAAUUUGCUCAGCUUUUAGCUCAGUCUGUCAACCAUGGAUUUGAAGCAGUGUAUGAGCUCACCAAAAUGUGCACCAUCCGAAUGAGUUUUGUAAAGGGGUGGGGAGCUGAAUAUCACCGACAAGAUGUCACAAGCACCCCAUGCUGGAUAGAAAUUCAUCUUCAUGGGCCUCUCCAGUGGCUGGAUAAAGUACUUACACAAAUGGGUUCUCCUCUUAAUCCCAUUUCAUCUGUUUCAUAGUGCUGAAAUUCCACCAUCAGCCUUAUUUUUAGUGAACUUAUUCUAAUUCUAGCGAAACUUCCAGCGUGGAUACUGUGAGCUAUAUGGAGAAUGGAUCUUAUGGUUUUACUUUCUUUUUUUGUUUUUUUAAAUCCCUUUGUGACCAAUUCCAUUGUGUAUAGCUGAGCAGUUUUACAUUUCAAUUUGUUCUUGUGAUGCUUAAGUGACAGUUGAGCCCUAAGGGAAAAAAAUAUAUAUCUAUUGGAAAAAUUCAGAACACUUUUCCCCUCCUUGGAGUAGAACUUAAACAGGCAUAUGUCUUAACUGGAAAUUACUUUUUGUCCUGUAGGGACAAGGAUGAUGAAGACUGACUUCAGAAAAUAAAUACAUAUCAUAGUUUGGUUUUUUUAAUCUUUAUAAAAACGUUUGAACAUGUGCAGCUCCAGCUUGCAAGCUGUAUUUUUAGUGUAGUUGCUUAACAAAUUAAGUUUGACAUCUGUCAUAAAGAAAAUUAGGCUUUAUUAUGGCUAAUUUGCCUAAUUGAACAAUGUGACUUUUUUAAAAUGUACACAUGAAAUAUACUUUUUACAAAUAUCGGAGUGGUGUAAAAACACUUUGUCUAUUGGAAAAUGCUGUCAUAAACACAUUGUAUAUGGAUGCAGAAUAGCAGUUCUUAGUCUUUUCCCACUUCAGUUUUGUACUAUUGCUUUUAACCACCAUUUUAAAUAGUAACUGAUACAAGGUAAACAUCUUGCACGUUUCUGGAGUAGUAAUUUUUGUUUUUCUUUUACUUACACUCAUGCCAUUUGGAUGUGGUUGCCAAGGCCUAUUUCUUUUUAGGUACCCUUCUCUAUUUUAACAUAAACACUAGUGUUUGUAAAUGGCAGUGCCUUGCUACUUUUUCGAAGGAGUAAGUUUUUUUUUUUUGGUGUUUUAGCUGUUUAUUUUGCCUGUCUGGAAUUGAUCUGUGUUAAGCCUUUUAAUCUCUCAGUAGACAUUAUGCAGUAUUAGUGAUUACACUGUAUUUAAUUCACUUUCAGUAUGAGUUUGAGUCUCUUUGAAGACUUCGAGUGGCUUAGCAAAUUAGUAAAUGAAUGCAGAAGCUCUUACUUCCAGAUCAUGUAAUUUAAUACAGGCCCGUUGUUAAUGACCAAAAGUAAUCACUUCUUUUGUAGACUAUGUGAAACAGUGACUUUUGAGCCUGUUCUUAGCAACAGGUGUUCAGUCAGAAUACUUGUAAUUGGCAGCUUUAUGGAAAUCAAGGACUGCAUUAAUAUGAAAUUUAUCUUUUUGUAAGGAGUUAUGUUGCCUCUGCUGUUGUAUUACUCAAACACUGUACUAAACACUAAAAGAAAUCAGCUAAGUAACAUAUGCAUAGUUUUCCCCUUUAAAAAAAAUAAUAACAAUGAUUGAAGGAACGUUCUAAGAGAAUUAGAAGUGAAUUAUACAAAAUCCAUUUGCAUGCAGAAAAAGACCUAUUAUUAUUAUUAUUUUUAACUCCUCCUUUUUCCUGAACACCUUUUCGGGACAGUGUGCAGUGUCCGGGGGAGAGACUGACAACUCUAAAAUGCAAACACUUGUUAAAAGAUGUGUUGCAGUUAACUACUGCAAUCCUGAGACAUUGAUUGCUUACACAAGUUCUUUUGUCUUCUAUUGAAUGACAGUUUCUGCUUAAAUGUGGAAAUCGUGCAUUAUAUGGUACCUAAGUAAGAGAUCAUCUUAAAGGAAAAAAAAAAAAAUUGUUUACGUGUCAUUAAAAUGUUUCUUAUGAAAUGCCUUAAAGGAAUAAAGAUAAACUGUAACACUUCUGCA